ACCUUACGUUAUGUGACCAUAAGGACUGAGGUCUAUAUAAAAAAAUCGUACCUUUCUCUCAAGUGGUCUUAUAAUUUGACUCAACAACACCAUGAAGACAGCUGCUUUAUUUCUUCUUCUGAUGGGUCUCUUGGCCAAUGGACAAGAGUUGCACUGGGAAAACGGCUACGACCAGGAUCUGAAUUUUAACUGCCCUGCAGGACAGUCUAUAUCUUACAUAAAGAGCCAACACGAUAAUCAUCAUGAGGACCGCAUGUGGGAGUUCGGCUGUAAAGACACCUUUGAUUCUGGUACAGACUGUUUCUGGUCACCUUACGUCAAUGAUUUUGACCAAACGUUCAACUACGAGUGUCCACCGCACCACAUCAUGACAGGAAUGAGCAGCUACCACAGCAACAAGCACGAGGACCGGCGCUGGCAGUUUCACUGUUGUAGAAGCAACAGCUACUGUACUUCGAACUGUGAGUGGACUACCUAUGUGAACUGGUUUGAUGAGCUCUACCACUGGACCGUACCGAACCAUAACUACCUGGUGGGUGCUGAAAGCUACCAUGACAAUAAACAUGAAGACCGGCGCUGGAAGUACAAGUAUUGUAGUAAAGUACAAUGCUGAGACUCUCAAACAAUAAAAAAAAACAAAACAAUCUAAAAUCUGAAAUAAACACAAGAUGAAAAUGUAGCGUCAUCAAUGACCCAUAUUUAGUUUAAAAUAAAAAGUCAAUUGCAAUUUAAUCAAUAAAAUUGAGUUCCAGAUGCUAAUAUGAACAAUUUCCACUUCAUUAAACAAUUCUCUUUGAAGCA